UGCAGGUGUAAAAGUGGCCAUUUUAUUCAAUGUCACUGUUUCUAAAUCAGUAACUGCACUCGAAUUCAUAGUGACUGUUGACGCUGAGACGUGUGAUACUAAACAAUCAUGAGGAUUUAAGUCUGUCGGGAUAAAAUCUACACAGAUUGUUGUUAUCAUGAGUAAAAACCCUCUGAAUUUUCUGAGGAAGGAGAAAAAUCUAUUCGACACCAAUGUGGAAUUCAAAGAAAUGGGUCAGCAAAUCUCUCUGAUGUUUGUAGGCCACGUGGACAUGAUGUUUGACUCGGCUGCCAUUCCAGAGUCAGGAACCGCAAAAGUUCGUUCACGGCCGACUGUCAAACACUUCAUAUCCAAUGAGGCCCUGCAUGGCUUUGCUGUUCCAACUCCCAAAGUUCCUCUUUUUUCUUCCUUCGCCGGACCUUCAGUGAACGGUAUUGGAAGCACAACAAACCUUCAAAAUGGAGGAAUGAUUUCUGUCACCGACAUGUUUGAGGGGGAAAUGUUGAUACCCGCUCCACCUAGUGUUGCCCCUCCACCCCCUCCACCCAGUUCAGCAGCCCCUCCACCUCCAUCGUUCAUCCCUCCACCUCCCCAGACUUAUGCCGAAAGGAAUAAACACAUAAACGGUGCAAAUUUGCAUCCCCCACCUAUGCCCCCUCAUAAACCUCCAUCACUUAAUGGCUAUGAAUACAGUGAUGAUGUAGACCUGGCCUCCCUCAGACCUCCUCCAAUGGCACCUCCAAAACCUCCGUCUGACACAUCCAGCUUUAGAGGUUCCCUCUACAGCCUGGAUGAUCAAGAAAUCCCAGAUUGCCCUAAAUUCACCCCACCACCACCUCCCUCUAUGGUUAAACCUCCACCUGUUCUACCCAAAACCCAGAAAAUGCCACCUCUGAAACCCGUCCGGAUGUCCUCCAUACCCAGUAUGGAGUCCUAUACAGCAACACUCCCUGCUGCGGCUAUUUCAACACCUUCCAGCUUUAAGCCCCAAAACACGGCCAAACUUUACAGUGUGGAAAAGAGCACUCUAUUAAUUGGGCAGACAGAGAGAGAGACGCCAGUCCAGUCCAUUCUGUUAUUGGACGAUUCCACUGGGAACCCAGCUGGUGUUCAUGUCAAUGGGAACAGUGGUGGAUCUUUCCACCCGGUCCAGUCAGUGGUGCCACCCAUCAAACCGGCCCGUCGCAACAGUAGUGCAGCUCUGCUACAUAAUGACACACCAGAUGGUUUCCAGGUAGAAGCUCCUGUGAUGAGGAACCCGGAGCCUGUGCCGGUGUCCAUAGCGAAGAACACCCCCAGUGAGGCACCAACACCCAUGAACAUCUCACCUAAUAUAGAGAGUCGUGAUGUUAGCCAGGUGAAGACCCGUGUGGACUUACCUGGUGGGCCUCACAGGUACAGUCCGGUCCUGAACAGAAACCUGAGGACACGGGGGGUGGAGAACUCAGGGAACAAGGAAAAAUCGACCUCGCCACUUGCUCUGCUGAUGGCUGCCAAAGAAAGAGACAAGCGGAACAAUCUGUCCCGACAGAAUAGCACUUCCUCUGAGGCAUCUAAUCACUCUGUCAUCCAACCUAGCAUGGAGAAACCAAACUCUUUCACCAUCACUCCUCGAGACCCAUUUGAGAGACCCCAUGUAGAAUUAAACAACCAACCAGUCGUCCCGCUGUCAACUAAAGUCGAUGUUCUGGAUGGACCUUACCAAAAGUCAGUGCCAAGCUCCACCCCACCUAACAGCUCUGUAGUGGUACGGGGAGGUGUUCCGGUUAGAGAUGUGGAAAGUGGUGAAGAUGUGCUGUUUAUUCCACCACCUCCUGAGUUUGCCAACUCUGAUUCAGAGGAUGAUUCUCCAGCAUCUCCACCCACUCACCCUGCCCCUCCACCCCCUGCACAAUCCGCCCCUUCACGCCCUGCACAAGCCGCUCCUCCACCGCCUGCACAAGCCGCUCCUCCACCGCCUGCACAAGCCGCCCCUCCACCCCCUGCACAAGCCGCCCCUCCACCUGUCAAACCCUCCUUACCUUCACCAAAAGCCAAUGGCCCCCUUACGGCCCCCAAGCCUAAACCGCCCAGCAAUCCCCCUAAACCCCCAGGCCCUCCACCAAGUAUCCAACCUAAACUGCCGGUUCAAACUAAACCCUUCACGCCACCCGUCAAGACUACCCCAUCCGCCCCUGCUGGCCAGACGACACUUUUUAGUAUCCUGCAGAAGAAGAUGCUUGAGAUGGACCCGAAGUUCUCAGCUGUCAAAGAGUCAGAAUCAAAAGAUGACUGGAACUCUCCAUUUUCUGAUGAUGAGGAAACGUCGCCCAUCAGCACAAUCAAAAAACCUUUCCAAACAAGCAGUGCGGCCCCACCAGUGAGGUCUCAGGGUGUGGACAUGAAGGAGCUGGAGGACAAAGCGGCCAAAAAAGCUCAAGAUUUAACAUCUAAACCUCAGAACAGUAAACAGACGUUUGGAAUGACAUUCAUAGUGCGACCAGGAACUAAACAGCCAAUAACACCAGUCAUUAAAGACGGCUCAACCUGAACUGGAUUUAUUUCAGAGAAAAGUGCCUUACCUGUCCAAACGCCUACCUGACAGAUAUUUGAAUAUUUCACUUUAUUAUUAUUCUUGUUAAAGUAUUACUGUAAUAUUUGCAAGUUGUUUGACAUCUAUCUGUACGUCUGCUCGCCUCGCAGCUCUGAACAGAACAUUUGUUAAAUUCUAGAUCAAAACAAACUUUAUAAACUGUAUUUAUAAGAUAAACUAUGCACAAACUUACAAUAAUGACAUUAUUGUAGUGUAAUUGCAGGAUUAUUUGUUUAAAGUAAUCGGAUACGAGUUGAAUCAGGAGGAAAAAUUAAGGACUUAAGUUCUUAUUUGUAAGUUCUGUACAUGUUGAACUGUUGUUUUUUUAAUCAUUAAUGUCGAUAUGAGUGUUUCAUACAAAGGUGCUGAAUGUAUCCAGCGUAAAACAAGCCCGUUACAGAUUCAUUCAUGAAUUUGAGUCAAUAUUUGUCUCUGAUGGUCAAAGAUGCCUUUCAUUUUUACUGCUAAAGAAUCGAAACCAAGAAAAAAAAUAAUGGAUGAAUCUGUAAACUAUUUGUUUUAAAUUUUAUUAUUGUAAAAAUAUACCCACAUAUACCGUUUGUUAUACAUGCAUCUGUAAAAAUACUUAUUUGCAAAUAUUAUAAAUGUAAAUAAAACAUGCAUUGCUUGA